UGAUUUUGCAUUUCCGGGUAGGGGGUGCGUGCAAACCCUACCCUCACCGCCAUUCGCGGCCUCAGCUGUCAAUCACCGGGUCCUGGCUGCUCCUGCACACUGCUUUGUAUGGCUCUGCAUAGCACACACAGAGCACACAAUGUAAAACACACACAGUUAACCUUUUAAUCACCCAUGUUAACCCCUUCCUGCCCAGUGUCAUUAGUACAGUGUCAGUGCUUUUUAUUAGCACUUAUCACUAUAUUGGUGUCACUGGGGAUGUCAGUGACACCAAGUCAGUCCCCCCCCCAGUGUCAGAAUGCCUGCCGCAUUCCUGCUAUA